UUUGAUUAAUUAAAUCACCACGAAUCGUUAACUUAUCGAGCUUGAAAAAUGUUGAGUCGUGUUUUUCGUCACCUACCUAUCGUGUUUUACUUUACCUAGCUUAAUUAUCCUUUUUCAAUCAACUUUUAAACUUUACGUUACAUUUUCAAAAUGAAAAACUAUUUACGAAAAUAAUGAUUUCAAAAAUUAGCUCAGUCAAAAUAUUGUUUCACUCGUAAAAACAGAAAUUUUUAGAAAAUUAAGCAAUAUUCGAUGAUAUCGUAAUUUGCCGCUUGGUAACAUUGACCGACAAAUUCUACAGAAAGUAAGAGUCAAAAUACAAACAACACACGAAGCUGACUGAUGCACUUCGCUGAUAACCGAUGACCGAUAAGGUACGUUAAAUGCAAAUACAGUCUGUCUAUAGCAUCAUGAAAUUACAUGUGAAUUUCUGGUGUUUAUUCGAUCAAAAUAUUAAUCUGUACGGAUUAAACGCAAUAGAUGAGUUUCUUUUCCCGGCGUUGGCCUUUUUUAUUGAUCGAAGGUGCCAGGUCUCGUGUUAAAGAGACAUAGCCUCAGCUUUUUGAUAACUCAGAUCGUUACGUGUUUUAAUUAAUGAUUUCAAACGACGACGGUUAUGCUACCGAAGCUGAUCAUCCGCUUCUGUCUAAACAUGAAGGAUUAUCCACGAAACAAGCGUUGAGUAAUUUACACGAUGAAAUUAAGCUCUUCUUGAACGCUCAUAGAACCCGAAAACUAGACUUGUUGCAAAUCAGGAAGAAUGUUAGAGAAUCUUUCAGUUAUUUGAAUUAUUAUUCGACCUUAUCAUGUGUUCCUAUUGCCAUAUUGAUUUCAUUCAUCAUUGCCUUUUUUGUCUUCGGUUUAUCGAAGUACACCAUACUUUUACUGUUUUUUUUACUCGUCGUCAACUUCGGAGUCGUGUUUUGGGAUCAUUAUCUGCGUAUGAAUGAAUUUAAUACGAGAAUUGUUUACAUUCUGAAGCUGCUAAAAAAAACCGAACGGAAAAAUGAUUGGCACGCAGAUCUUCUUCCAAACUUAUACACACCUCAUUCCCCAUCCGUAUCGUUACAGUGGACUAUUCGAGAUGGUCAUUUAGUCAAUUUACCGGCAGUUCUGUUAGCCAAAGAUGAUAUCAUCGUUAUGAGACCGGGUCAACAAAGUCCGGCUCAAGCUGAAGCCUUAGAACCUAGUGAAAAUGGUUCCUACGAAACACUACAACCAGAUCAAUUAUUCGCUUGCGGCGCCGGUGGGUCUGAAAAUGUCGACGCUAACGAUAGUUACCAAUCAAUUAUCCGAGAACCGUUUCAGGACAGAGUGUUUAAAGUAAAACAAGCUCCAUAUAUUAGUCAAUUGAACUCUAUCAAAGAUAAAUAUCUCAAGAGACCGACGUCGUUGUACAAUAAAGCAAGAUAUUUACUUUUUGGAAAAUGUAUUCAUCACGUAUCGUUACCACUUUUCUGUAUUUUAGGCGUAGCAUUAGCAAUUAUACGCGGAUGUAUGACUCCCGUUCUUCAAUGUCCCUUCGAGAAUUGUUCAAAAUUCCAAUAUAUUAUGUGUUCAUUUGUUAGCGAAAUUGGAACGACGGUUAUAUCGUUGGUAUCGUUAAUAUUUCCCGUUUAUUGGUUCAUAGCUAAUAAUGUGGGAAAUGCUGCCGUUUUAUCGUGCCAAUCUUUACUCGAAAAUGAAGAGAAUCGUAUCAAAGUGCAAAAUAAAUUAUUUGAGAAUUUGAAAGAAUCGACGGAGAAUCCAUAUUUCAUCGAUGUCGAAGCAUCGCCGAGAAAAUCACCGAAAGAACGUAGAACUGAACGGUGGUGUUCUUUUAGAAAACAUUUUAUCGAUAUGAUCGCCAAUAAAGGAGUUGUUGUUGCUCAUAGUACUAAUUUCUUACACACGAUGGCAUCUGUUUCGGUUCUUUGUUGCGUUGAUAAGAAGGGAAUUCUCUCGUGGCCUAAUCCGACAGCUGAGAAGGUGUUUUUCUUGAAAAAUGGUAUUAAUCAUAAAAAUCGUAGAUCAGCGAGUGAAAUGAGCGGUCCCUCUUUUCGCAGCUUCUCAUCACCAGCCACUGCCAGCGAUUCACCGGACGAUGCCCACGAAUCUCACGAACCACAAGAUAAUAAAGAUAAUCCAAAAAACCCCAACGAUACCCAUAUCGAAGUUUUUUCCAAAACUUUUCCGUACGUAGAGAUUUUGGAUAUAACACCUAGAGACGAUACGGAAUCAGCUUGGAAAAUUGAAUUCGACGAUAGUCGUUGGAGAACUCAUCUGGCUUCGUUGAAACCUGUAGGAUUAGCGAUACUGUUGAAUACUUGUAAUCGCUAUACUCACGAUAGUUAUAGUCAAUUCUGCGCUCAUAUUACCAACUACGCGUUAUUCAGUCAGCAUUUGGUACCGGUGGGUAAUCGAAGAUGUCUUUGCGAGUUGGCUCGUCAAAUUGGCUUCAAUCAAGGUGCCGUCGAGAAAGCGUUCAAUUUGGAUAUCCAGUUAUUCUCGUAUAAUAAUUUGAAAACAUCUCAAGCGGAUAAUAAAUACGUUCAAGCAUUUUUCAAGACUCGUAAGCCGAAAUUCCCAUUCCCUCACUCUAUGUCCGCCGUUGUGAAUACGGAUAAAAAUAAAAAAGUCAAAUUGAGCACGUCGAUGAAAGAAAAAAGGAAAAAGGUCGCAUUGAAGUAUAAAGAAAAGCAAAUGUUUAGUCAGGGUACUGCGGAUGUAAUCUUGGAUUACUGUAUUGAUUACUGGGAUGGUCAAGAUGUACUUCCCUUGACACCUGGUCUCAGAAAGAAAAUUUUGGACUUUUACCAACGUUCGAGUCUAACUGCCUACUGCACUGCCUUUUCGUACCGUCCUGUUUAUAAAAAUUUCGAAAUAGAUCGUUCCUCGGAUCAAAGCCCUAUUUCCGUAUAUUUAGAAUUAAUUAAGACCUCCGAACAUCGACAAAAUCAAAAACGUAGACGUCGUCGCAAAAAACGCCAUCAACAAGAACUCGAUAGCGAUAUUAGAAGAAAACAUCAUAUUGUUUCAGAAAAACUUACUAUACACGAGGUGAACGAAUGUGAAGAGGAACCCGAACCAAAUACCGAAGUAGAUCAAGAAGAAAACAACCUGGUUGAGGAAGUCGAUUGUUACGAUUAUUACGACGAUGACGACGACGACGAAGAUGAAGAUUAUGACGACUAUUAUAGCGGUUACGAUGAGAUUUUUGAAGAGGAUCGUUGCAAACAACCGGAAAGGCAAUUUCGCAGAAGUGAUACGGUUUUGAGUGCCGAUGAUUCGAUGGGGUAUUUUAAAGUAUUGAAUAAACAGAUCUUCUUGGGAAUGGUCAGUAUGCAGUAUCAGCCUCUUCACGAUAUGGUAACGAUGGUCGAAGAACUAGAAAAAGCUUGCAUACGUUUCGUACAUUUUAGCAAAGAAAACGAGCUCAGAUCGAGGGUAUUUUCGGAAAAAAUGGGCCUAGAAAGCGGAUGGAAUUGCCACAUAUCGUUGCUAUCCGAAGCAGAUAUUAAUCAACAGCCAUCAGAUAACACCUCGGGUACAGAAAAUGUAUCGGUAGUUCAAGAUCCAGAAAGCGUCAUAGAAACAGGAGCUAGUAGCGCUGAUGACGAAGAAAAAGUUCCUUUUGCUUUUGAUAUGUCGAAUCGAGCAAAAUUACCUUGUGGAAUACGAAACAUCAAACCGCAUUUAGAGCAGGUGGAUAAUGUGCCUUUGCUAGUCUCAUUAUUCACCGAUUGCACAGCCGACACAACCGAACAAAUGCUUUCCAUUAUGCAAGAAUACGACCAAGUCGUCUGCGUUCUAGGAUCGUCGGCUAAUGUGAAAAAUUUCACUCUAUUUGCCCAAGCAGAUGCUAGUAUUAGCAUCGAGCCUUUGUAUGCUCAAGUUUGUCAAAAAAUACCUCCAUCUUCGGGGCCUUACGGUGAUGUUAAAGAACUAGUAUGUCUAUCGCCGGUCGAACUGUCGCAAGUGUUGAAUUCGUUACCGUGUUCUUUAAUUCUUCAAAGACCCUACGGGUCCCAUAGAGCUUUACCAAUUCAUCCUGUCAUUGCUGAAUCUCGCAAUAUUAUGCAUUUGAUUUGGAAUUCGUCGCAAUUUUGGGCUUGCAGUAUCGCCUUAACCGCGUUCGUACAACUUUUCGUGCUAUUUUUACUGUUACCUGCCAUUUUUACUUUAGAGCAAUCUCUUUGGAUUAGCUGCGUUGUGAUUCCUUGUCUUUCUAUCGCAUUAGUUUCUGCUCCCUACGAUGAAGAAAUCAUGUCAAAGGCUAUCGGUAAAGACUGGUUGUGUUCUGUUAAUUGGACUACAAUAUCCUACUCGUUGUACUGUUACGGCGUGAAAUUACUCUGCGGCAUUAUCUUCGCCAUCCUAGCUUAUUUCAUGGUUUUAAUCGAUAUGCGAGAUUGUUUCAUAGAACAUACGAUCAAUACUACUUCUCUAGUCAAUGAUUCAGUUCCUGCCAACACUUUAGUAUAUAAUGCAUUCGUCGAGGAGAUCGAAGAAACUCAACGUUUCCAAUAUUUCGAAAGUUUGAAUCUCAUCCAGUGCUAUAUGACUAUUAUAGUAACGCUGCAUUUAAUCGCACUUAGCUGUAGUUUCUUGUAUCGAGAUUCAGUAUUUUGGAGGAAGUUACCGUGUUUAAAUUUAUUAUGGAGUGUCGUAGUCAUGUUCCCGAUCUCUCUUCAAAUAGCUCAUUUCUUCAUGAUGAUCAACGGUUUGAGUAUCGAAGAUGAACUCGCAUCGUGCAUUUUAUACGAAUCUCUUUUCUCUGUGAAAAACUCUCUGUUCUCGUUUACACCGCCUUUGUUAUCUUACGCCGUUUGCGAAUUCGUUAAAAUAUACGAAAUUAGAUCUAAUGAACGAUAUCAGAAAAAAAUGAGACUGGAAUUUGGUACAAAACUAGGAAUGAAUUCGCCAUUUUAAAACUUUCAUUUUUCUUAUGUUUUUUUAAUUUCUUGUUAUUUUUCAUCUCUUACGAAACGACUGCUUAAUUUGAUUAGUUCCUAUGUGAAAACGAAUGUGUCAUUUUCAAUUACAAUAAUAUUAAUAAAUAAUUUUUUUGUGUCUUAAAA